GCGUAGCUCCUCCCACACCGUAUAAACAGAACACGUCGCCUAAAUAAGUUCACAGACAGACUGUGAACACUUACAGAGGUGUGCGCUGUUGUACUCGACGCUAUUCAAAAUGGAUUUUAAGUUUAUAGCGCUGCUUAUACUGAUCGGGUCUUUCAUGGGAAUGACUGUUGCUCAGGCCAGCUGUGACCCAGAAACACAGUAUGAAAAGGACGGUCAGUGCUGUCUCAUGUGUAAGCCAGGGACUAGCAUGUCUACAGAAGAUUGUAAGAAUCCUCAAUGUCAACCUUGUCUGGAUAAUCACUACCAGGAUAAAUACACAACGAAAAACAAGUGUCUGCAGCAGCCUUACUGUGAUAGAAAUAAAAACUUUGAGGCUCAAGUCCCAAAAAGCAAGACGGAGCGAUCCAUCUGCAAGUGUAAAGUGGGAUUCCACUGCUCCAGUGAAGAAUGUAUUACCUGUGUGGAACACACAGUCUGUCAACCAGGAUAUGGAGCUAAAGUCAUAGGCAACAACUCACAGGACACCGAGUGUGAAAAAUGUCCAGACGGGACAUUUAACAAUAAUGCGUCGUGGUAUGCUCAGUGCCGCAAAUGGACAGAAUGUGAAAAGGGAUAUCAAGUUAAAGAAAAGGGAACGCACACCACCGACAACACAUGUGCAGGGACACAGCGGAGUCACAUAAUCGCCAUCUCUAUUUUAGCUCCAGUUGUUUUGGUCUUUGUUAUCGUGAUUUUAGUAUAUCGAGCAGAAUGCAUAAAACAAAGGACAAAGAGCUAUUUGGAACCACAGAUGUGUGAAGAAGACAUAACAGCCCAUAAAGAAACAACGUAUAAUAAUCAAAUGACACCAGAGGAAAAUGAGGAUGAACUAAGCCAUGAGCUCUCCUCAGAAGGAUUCACAGAUAAAGGGAACCAGGUGAUGCAAGAGAGAGGCAAAGAAGAAAUCGUGUCUCGUCAGGAGUCUCAGCUGGAGUCUCAGUUUGAGUCUCAAGAAGAUAGUCAGUCAAUGGAUCAAUUUUACAAGCAAGUUUAAAAAACGACACAGAUUGUCCAAAGUGCUGCGCAAAGUUAAAAAAUAAUUACCUGAUCUGAAUAAGAAUCAAUGAAUUAGUCUCCUUACUAAUUCAUUUUGAAUGUUUACAUGAAGUUACAAUCAUUUCAUUUGCACUAAAUUGUAAAAACCUAAACACACACACACUAUAUAUACGUGGUGUAGACGUUAUCAUCCGGCAAACAAAACGUCCCUGGUUUGUUUCCAGCUAGGAAGGACAUGCGAUUUAAAACUCCACCAAAUGAAGCGCCCAGUGCGACCCCUAGUGGCAAGUGAACAGCCGAAAGUAGCUAGCUAUAAGUCUGAAUGUUAACAAUAAAAUGUAAAGUAAGAUGUAUUAUAAAGUGUAAAGAGAGUGUGGGGUAGUGUGUGUGUGAUUUACCUGCAUUAGUUUUGAGGUUGGUUGCAAUUUUUAAGUUAUGCAUUGUUUAUUU